AUGGAGUACAAGGACGUCCCGGAGACUGUCAAGGAUUGGAUUGAGGAGCAGCAGGACGACAACGAGGGAGAUACAAAGUGGCUAUUUGCUGUGUAUGAUAAGCCAAAGGAGCAGGGUGUGAAAAUUAAGGGUACCGCAAAGCCGCGUGCUACAGACAAGGCCGGUAUCAAAGAGAAUGGUGAGAAUAAGGUGAUGCUUUUCGCUGCGGGAGCCAUCUACGAGACACUCCCUCUUUGGGUGGCGGAAGGAAGCAAUUGCAAGGAUGAUCUUCUUGAUCUCGAGAACUAUAACCCUGAACCCGAGGACAAAGGUGUUGUUGCUUGGGUAGUUGAGCGUAGCGAGCCGGAGUAUGAGUCAGAUAAGCGGGAUAUCACUUUCCAGAUCAAAGCCCAGAGAUUAAAGAAGACCCUCCGGGAAGGAGAUGGCAGUGACAAGGACGAGUUAUAG